AAACCGUCGGCGCGUAGACUGGUCAGAGCCCCGCAACUGAUUACGCAUGGCGGCGGCGGCACCUCCGCCCUCCUCUCUCGGAACCCGCUCCUCCGCCUCCCUCAGAACCCCAUCGAACCUCCUCUUCUCCAAGAUUCCAUCCCUCCAUAGCCCUCCUCCCUCCGGCUGCCUCCGCCUCGCAUGCAGGUCCCAGCUCCGGAGCUUCGAUGACUCGCAGAACUGGAUAACCGUCGACUAUUUCCCCAGCGUUGAUCCUAUCCACGUCAUCCACGGGUCGUCUUCUGCUGCUUCGAUCCCAAUGGCUGCGAGCGCCGGGCUGGAUUCCGCCGCGAAGGGAGCCAAGAAGGUCUGUCUCUUCUACUGCGCCGAGACCAAGCCGCUCGCCGAGAGAGUCGCCGCUCAGUCGGACUACAUUGAGCUCCGCAGCAUCAACUGGAGGACAUUUGAUGAUGGAUUCCCCAACUUGUUCAUACCCAACGCUCAGGGGAUUCGAGGGCAGCAUGUCGCUUUUCUGGCAUCGUUUAGCUCCCCGAGGGUGAUCUUUGAGCAGCUCUCUAUCAUCUAUGCAUUACCAAAGUUAUUUGUGUCUUCAUUCACGCUCGUGCUUCCGUUUUUCCCCACGGGCACUUCUGAGCGUAUGGAGGACGAGGGAGAUGUAGCAACAGCUUUUACACUAGCAAGGAUAUUGUCGAACGUUCCAAUAUCUAGAGGAGGGCCUACUAGUUUAGUUACCUUUGAUAUCCAUGCCUUGCAGGAGAGAUUCUACUUCGGUGACAACAUUUUGCCAUGCUUCGAGAGUGGGAUACCCUUGCUUAAAAAUAGACUCCAGCAGCUCCCUGAUUCUGACAAUAUAUCUAUUGCCUUUCCUGAUGAUGGUGCAUGGAAACGUUUUCACAAUCAACUACAGCAUUUUCCAACGAUUGUUUGCGCUAAAGUUCGGGAAGGUAAUCAACGCAUUGUGCGCCUUAAGGAGGGGGAUCCCAAAGGAAGGCAUGUUGUUAUAGUUGAUGAUCUGGUCCAAUCAGGUGGCACUCUAAUAGAAUGCCAGAAAGUUUUGGCUGCACACGGAGCAGCAAAAAUUAGUGCCUACGUGACACAUGGGAUUUUUCCUCACAAGUCAUGGGAACGUUUUAAACAUGACAAUGGAGGGAAUCCCGAGGAUGGUAUGACCUACUUUUGGAUCACGGACUCCUGUCCUCAGACAGUGAACGAAGUAAUGAACAAACCUCCAUUCGAAGUACUCAGCCUUGCUAAUUCCAUAGCAGCCAGCCUCCUAAUAUAAGAGCAGAGUUGGAGGCUUGGAUCCCCGGCUAAUGCCUCCGUAGUCAUUUGAGAGGAAAAAUGAACCUAGUCCUGUCAAGACCGAGAAUGUCCGAGUUGCAGCAGAAAGGCUUAGUUUGAUUGGUGUGCCUAUUUAUUUGUUAUCUUGGUUCAGUCAUGUAAAUUUUUGCACAGCUAGAUGGAGAAGGAACAGUCAUCCUAGUUCAUAAGAAGAUUAUCUCGGAAUCCACAGGCUUUUAGGAAAAUGAUGCAGUCUCGAUAAACUACCCGAGCUUCUUU